AUGGUACUGACGUUCCACGGCCUCAACGCGUCACAUUCGGCGUUCGACAACUAUUGCGACGUGCUGAAGUCAUGCGACUUCACUGUGGUCACAUUCGACCUCUACGGGCAUGGACUUAGUGACAUUCCACCAUACGAGGUAUUCGGACGGCAGUACUCGCUCGACUUCUUCGUCGACCAGGCGCUGGAGGUGCUGGCGCACCUCCACCUGGAGGAUCGGAAGCUCUCGAUCAUGGGCAUCUCCAUGGGCUGCUGCGUCGCCGCCGCAUUCUGCGACCGCUACCCCGACCUCGUCGAGAAGAUGGUGCUGAUAUCGCCGGCCGGGCUCAUUCCACGCUGCCCGUUCAGCGCUCGUCUGGUAAAGAUGUUCCAUUGCUGCAUACCGUGCAUUCCGCGCUGCAUUCGUCAAAGAACCAUCAUGAAAGGUACUUUGCAACAGGAACUGGACGACUUCACGAACGACGCACUUUGGCGCAUUUUGGUGACCCCAAAUUCAACAGCCUGCAUGCUGGGCAUCGUAAAACGCGUGCCGCUCUGGAGCGGGUCGCAACUCUAUCGACGGGUUGGCGCCAUGGGAAAGCCGACGCUCGUCAUUUUCGGCGAGAAGGACGACGUCACGCCGCCCACGUGCGCCGACAAGUUCCGGAAGUAUUUCCACAACUCGCAGGUCAUCAUCUUCCCGGGGGUCGGACACCAGGCGGCGUACGUGAUUCCAACGGCCAUAGCAAGCACGUGCCUGGCCUUCCUCCAGCUGCCGUCCAACAGCAAUGUGGCGCGCUACUCAAGGUGGCUGCCGUUCUCCGAAGACGGCGCCUACAUCCGGGAGAAUGAGCGGCGGAUCGGCCGUGACGCGGACAGAUCUCAGGAAUACGUCUGCGAGGAGCAGCUCGGCGACAUGGAGAGUGACAGCACAGAGGUAAGUUCACAAAGGAUGGCGUACUGCACGCCCUUGCUAAAGCAGUGCGCGUGGUCAUGGAAGCUGACCACGCCACUCACGCUGGUGGUCGUGCGCGAAUACGAGAACAGUAGCAAUGAUACCGCUUUAUUUUAG